CGCCCCUGGCGUUCCGGACUCCUGCAGGAGGGCAGCGGUGACCACCUGAGACCCCCACCUCCGGGCCACCGCAUGGGCCUGCUGGGGCUGCGGGCGCCGCAGUAGGCCCUGUCUGGGCGUCCGGAGCGUUCGAGAAGCGGGACCUGAAGCGUCAGAGGAACCCUGACCUGGGGACAUCUCAAUGGCCCUGGGAGAAGAAAAGGCGGAGGGAGAGGCAUCUGCCGACAAGAAGGCCCUGUGUGAGAGGUGGAGCCGCAGGGAGCAGGAACUGGACCCCUCGAGGCUGGUGCUCCGGCAGCAGCCGCCACGCCUGGAAGCUGAGGGAGGGCCCGCCUCCCCUUCGGGGGGUGCUGAGGGGCUCCCUGCCCCUGCCUGCUGCGGCGGGGCUGGCCCUGGCCCCUCUGGAGCCUACCAGCCUCAGGCCAGUGGGGCCAGCAGGGAGCCGGUAGUGGGUGGGUCUCAGCCUGCUCUCGGUUACCUGCUUCUCCCUGCCGGCCUGGGGGCUGGAGACCUGUGCUCCUUGGGAAGCCAGAUGGAGGCCAGGCCCUCUGCCUCCGAGGAGCUACCUCAGACUCUCACGGUUCUCAGAGCCACCACUCUUUGCUCAGGCCAUGACGCUGACACCGAAGAUGACCCAUCCCCAGCUGAGUCGCCGCAGGUGCUGGACCUCAGCCCACAGUCCCCUGUCUCAGGCUUUCCGUUCCCAUCUCAAUGGAGGUCCUCCAUGAGCCCGGGCGCUGCCACAUCUCAGUCCUCCAGCUGCAGCGGCUCUGCCUCAUCCCCGGGCAGCAGUGUCCAGGGUCUCCAGGAAAAGGCGCAGCCUCAGGGUUGCCCCCUCGCCAAGGUCUCCUCCCUGGAGCUGGUUGUCCCACCGGUGGCUUCCUCGGUGGUGGGGCCUGCUCCUCGGCUCCAGUGGUCGCCCCAGCCUGUGUCCUCGGGGAGCGAUGCUCCUGGGCUGGCCAGGAGGCGCCUCUCCUUCCAGGCCGAGUACUGGGCCUGCGUGCUGCCGGAUUCCCUGCCUCCCUCCCCUGACCGCCGCUCCCCACUCUGGAACCCAAAUAAAGAGUAUGAAGACCUGCUGGACUAUACUUACCCUCUCAGGCCCGGGCCUCGGCUCCCAAAACACCUCGACAGCCGUGCACUGGCAGACCCUGUCCUACAGGACUCAGGCGUAGACCUGGAUAGCUUCUCUAUCUCCCCAGCAAGUACCCUAAAGUCACCCCCUAACGUAUCCCACAGUUGCCCACCAGCCGAGGCCACUGCUCUGCCAUUCUGUGGGCCCAGAGAGCCAAGCCUUAGGCAGUGGCCCUCUGGAGCACCCCAGAAGCAGGGUGGUGUGGGGUUGGCAUCUUGUAGUCUGCCCACAUCUACCCCCAGAGCCCCAGGCAGCAGGGACACUCCGUGGAAGAGUAGAGAGCCAGCCCCAAGGGGCAUGAAGGACUGGCCACCUGUGGGUAAGCACCUUGACCUGGACUCUCCCCACCUGAGGACCCAGGAGAGAGGGCGGCCCUCACCCAGGCUAGAAAGAGAGAAGGGGGCCAGCCAGGGCAUGGGGCGCCUCGCCUGCACGGAGUCUGGAUGUAAACCAGAAGAAGAGGUGGAAAGUGACGAUGAGUAUCUGGCCCUGCCCACUCGGCUGACACAGGUUUCUAGCUUGGUCUCCUACCUGGGUUCCAUUCCCACCUUGGUGCACCUGCCCAUUGACGCCACCGAAGGGCAGAGCUCCCUGGAUGUGUCGGACAGUGAUGGACCAGCUUCCCUCCCGUCGGACUCCAGCCAAAGCCAGCUUCCCUCUGGGGCUGCCCUCAGAGGGUCUGGGAACCCUGAGGGCCAGAACCACUGUUUGCUGCGCUCCUUUGUCCGCCCAAGGGGCUCUGCAGGGGAGGGCAGUCUGGUGAGCAGCCAGGCGCUCGAGGUCUCUGGGCCACUGAGAACACGUACCUCCUUGCCAUCUAUGUUGGACCGGCAGGCAUUCUUGGAUCCCGAUGCUGAAGGGCAGCCUCCUGGGAAAGGAGCACAGGGAAGGGAGUCGCUCGUGCAGUGUGUGAAGACCUUUUGCUGUCAGCUGGAAGAGCUGAUCCGCUGGCUGUAUAAUGUAGCCGACCUCACCGACCAUCUGACUCCACCCAGGUCCAGCCUCACAGGCCUCAAGUCUUCUCUGCAGCUUUACCGGCAAUUUAAGAAAGAUAUAGACGAACACCAGCCCCUGACGGAAAGUGUCUUACAGAAAGGGGAGAUUCUUCUUCAGUGCCUGUUGGAUAAUACCCCAGUGUUAAAGGACAUCCUCGGGAGGAUCUCCAGGCAGCCCAGCGAGCUGGAGAGCCACGCGGAUCACCUGUACAACACCAUCUUAGCCUCCCUGGACAGGCUGGCUGGCUGCACCCUCGUCCCUGAUGGCACGCCCAUGGCACGCAGGAGCGCCAGUGUGAAAGGGAUUAGCCUGGCAUCUUCUCAGCCAGAGAUAUAAUCUGUCAGCCAAGACUUGGCUAGUGGGAAACUUCCAGAAGUCCUUUUACAGAGCUCCUAAACUAGUCCACCUGCUGAGAUCAUUUAAAGAAGGCUGGUAUGAGGAAGAAGGUACCAAAUACUUGGUAUUCUCAGGCAAACGAGAGGACCCAAGAGACUGAAAAAAUGACUGGUGGGCCAGGAACUUGGGUCUUUUCAUAAAAUGAAGCUUAGGCUUAUAAAUCCCUCUUUGAAGACUAGAAGAGGCUUUAACUCUCCAAAUUAAUAGAAAGUUCUGAACAAAUAGAAACUCUACAAAUUACUUUGGACUGUUAUGGACUGUUAGGGUACUUUUAUCAUCUUAAGUGCUCAGGGCUCCAUCUGCCUGCCUGCCUAUUAUCUUAAAGGGAAAUGUGACAGGGAACUGCCCUUAAACUUUAGCUGGGCUGUGGACGAGAUAUCCACCUAAAAAGGAACCUCAAGGAGGAGGCAGCCCUCUGUUCCUACUCUCCCUUCAAAGAGUAGUCCGAAGUCAGGGGAGGGCACAGGUAGGAUCACACACCCUGGUUAACUACAGAAGCUAAGGCUGUUGACAGCGAAGGAAAAAAAGGGAAUUCUUUGCUGCUUUGGGAGUUGACAAGUAAGUACCCUGUAGGAAAAAAGAAUCUAUGGAUCAGCUAUUUAAAAUUAGUUGUAUGGAUUUUUAAAGCAAAAUGAUCAGCUAUUGCUGGUAACCACAGAUUCUACAAAAACAAGAAAGCACUUAAAAAAGUUUAUUGGGGAGUUCCCGUCGUGGCACAGUGGUUAACGAAUCCGACUAUGAACCAUGAGGUUGCGGGUCGGUCCCCG